AUGGGUCUGCGAAGUGUGAUGAAGCGGUUUUGGAGUCCCUUCUGCCGUGGCAUUGUUGGGCCGGAACUCCAUACGUACGGCUUCAGUCAAGUUUUUGACAGCAUUCGGACCGGUGAUAGCGACUUUACCUGUCAAGUCAACGGCAAAGUAGGUGACGCCAGACUUAUUGAGGACUUCUUUAUUAUGAUUCUCAGUGGUUUUGACUUUGUCGACGUUAAGGUGGCGACAUCCUCCGUGAGCGAUGCGGUGUGUAACCCAUGCAAUUUCAAAGGUUUCUACACGCUGGAGCACACCCGGCCCUUCUUGGGGUGGGCUCCUCCGGUCGUUGCGCCCACCCCAAGGAUAGCGCCGCGUGACAAGAGGCCCGUUGUGCCCAAUGCUGACUACGGCGAGCGCUCGGAGAUGCGCGAAGACAUCAAAGGAAAACAAUUGCAGGCUUCUGCGCGGGAUUCGAAUGCGGAGCAAGAGAGGCGGCUGCUGAAGGUGCCAUUUACGUCUCGAAUCGAAGGGUCUGAGUGCGGCGUCUCGCACAUGAUCCUUCGUUCUGCCGUCCUCGAUGUUAUCAUGGGCGACCCCAACUGCCCCGCCGCCUUGAAGCCUUGCCUUCAGAACAAGGAGGCGAUGGAGGCGCUUGUGCGUCUCCGACGCGCGAGUGUGCGCCCCGAGAUGAUCACCGACAAGACACUCCUGGGCAUCACCGACAAGAAGGAAUCCUGGGCCUCUGCGUUGGGCAUUCUCUAG